AUGAUUAAGGUCAAGUGGGACUCUAUCAAGAACGCUACUUCAAGCUUUAAUGUUACAACACGUACAAGUAGCGAACGCCCUACACUUACUGCGCUAAUGGAUGGCAUUGUCAUCAAUAGUACGAGUAGUGGCAAUAGCAACAUGGCCGCAUCGCGACGUCCACCAUUACCAAAAUGGAACAUGGGCACAAUUUCAGAAGACUCAAUGCCCACGUUUAAUGCAACGACUACUAGAUGGGCUAAUGAUCGUUACGAAUUGACAGAGAGUGGUGAGGUGCGUAAUAAGGCAAAUCAUCAACGCAUUUCCAAGCUUGAGAUUCGAGAACAUGGCGAGGAGGUUCUACGUGGUCUUAUUGAUCAUGUACAUACACGAAUGUUACAAGAGUUGUUGUUUCUCGAACAAGCCAUUCCUCCCCUUGAGUUUGAACGCAAUUCUAUGGCAUUGGGUUUUGAUCCGGGCGCGAGCAAUGCAGGAAGUCGAGUGGGUUCAGUAGGAUCUGUACGCUCAAGUUCGUCUAGUAUUUGCUCAACUAAUGAUGGGUUUCGUAUGAUGAUCGACACGACGGAACCGCGAUGCAUAUUUCACACGAGCAAGAACUUCAGUGUUGCAGAAAAACUUUUAGUCUUUGUUUGUUCGUUUCGAGGUUUAAGUUGUGGGAUUUGGAGCCGCAGUGUGCUACUAAAAGACGGCGUCCAGGUUGGUUCGAUGUUGCCAUAUUUUCAAAAAGCCAUUGAAGCGGGAUACGGUAUUUUGGUCAUGAAUCCCAAUAUGAAUACCCAAUUAAUGGUUACACAAGACGGUACAGUUGAGAAAAUGCCCAUUCGAGGCUCAAGUAACGCUGAGGAACAUUGUGACCAUGUAUGGCGCAAUUAUAUCUUUCCCUCGGCUGCCCAUAAAGUGCAUUUUAUUGCUUAUGGAUACGGUGGUGUCCUCGUGACACAAUUGAUUGCCAAAUAUCGGUAUGAACUAAAGAGUCGACUCGGUAAUGUUGCUUUUAUUGAAAGUUCACACAAGAUUGAUCCAUCGUGGAAUUCAGGAUUUAAACGAUUCUUUUCACAGCACAGUAUCUCUUGGUCUAGGUCCGAUUGUCCUCUUAAUACGGAGCUUGGUCGUGACGCUACAGCAUUUGCAGCGACUAGUGGACCAAGUGGAGCUGGCACAACGUCUAGUAGUGAUGAUACCUUCUCCAUUGGUCCCUCAACUCCACCGUCCAGGUCACCAACGAGUCCUAAUGCUCAAUUUAGUGGUUUUGGAUGCAUUUGUUUGUCUGCUGGACCAUGUGAAGGUGCGAACGAAAGUCCGGCGUACACGACCAAGGAAGUGCUAGAUACGGUGUUUGCCUUCUUGGCAUCCCCAACGCCGUAUGAAUUUCAGCGCUCUGCUGCACGUAAAGUGCGAUUAAAUGCAUUGAUGGAGGAACAGCAACAGGCUCGAGUCACAGCAUCGACGAAGUACAAUGGACAAGGGGAGGAUUUGCCUACUGAUCCAGCAGUACGCACACGGAAACCGACAUCGCCACAAACGGUUUCUAGCAAUAUCGUCGAAACGGAAGUGAAAUCUCGGGAAGAUGAUACGCUAACGAUCAAUGACUUUGAUCUAUUACGAGUGGUGGGUCGAGGAGCUUUUGGCAAAGUUAUGCUUGUACGACGAAAGGUGGCUCAACAGCAAAAGGGAGCACAAUUGUUGAGUCCACGUACAAUGAUGGCCAUGGGAAUGACAGCACAACAAAUUGCAGGUGCUACAGGUGGUGAGCGUGGUAAAGUGUAUGCUAUGAAAGUUAUCAAAAAGGCUGCUGUGUUUGCCAAGAAUCAAGUGGAACACACGAAAACGGAACGUCGAAUUUUACAAGGAAUUGAUCAUCCGUUUAUGGUUAAGCUGCGCUAUGCGUUCCAAAAUGAAGCCAAGUUGUACUUUGUAAUGGAUUAUUACAACGGAGGGACUUUACACUUUCAUUUGCGUCGAGCCAUGCACUUUGAUGAAGUGCGUACAAGAUUCUAUGCCGCUCAAUUAGUAUUGGCCAUUUCGCACCUCCAUACGUAUAAUAUUGUAUACCGUGAUCUUAAACCGGAGAACAUUUUAUUGGAUGACCAAGGAUACAUUGCACUCACGGAUUUUGGACUCUCACACGACCGCUUCGACAGUAACGAUGGUAUGCAGACAUUCUGUGGUACACCUGAGUACAUUGCGCCUGAGCUCAUUCGUCGUGUGUCAUACGGAAAAGCUGUCGAUUAUUGGUCUAUGGGAGUUUUGAUCUUUGAAAUGCUUGCGGGUUACACACCAUUUUAUCACACAAAUCGAAAACGUAACUUUCAAAAUAUUGUCAAACUCCCACUCCGAUUUCCAUCUGAAUUUUCAGACGAUGCACGAUCAUUGCUUCGUGGCUUGAUCUGUCGUAAUCCAGCCAAGCGACUUGGAUCUGGUCCUUGUGGCGCGCAGGAGAUCAUGGAUCAUCCGUUCUUUGCGCAGGUGGAUUGGGAGAAGCUGUAUAAACGGGAUUUUCCGGUUCCUUUCCGACCUGUGGUCAAAUCAGAUGGGGAAGUGAACAAUGUGCCGGAGUUUUUUAAACGACAGGAAGUGAUCGACUCGGUAGUAUCGGAUGCUCCUAUCGGAAAAAGUCACGUCUUUCAGGGCUUUUCUUACACGGACCCGCUCAAUUUGUAA